UAGAGGCCCAAAUGGCAGUGAACAGAAAGGCAUGAGAAGCACGCGUUAGGCAUUGGACACAGAGCGAGUCGUGCGAGUUAACCGCGUGUAAAUCAGUGAGCCACCACUCUUCUUCACAUCGCCCACUGGUCCCCUUUGUUUCUUUUUCUCUCUCUUUUUUUGUUCAUUGUUUUGUUUUUGCUGGGUCUUUCCUUCCUUUCCUUUCCUUUCCUUUCCAUACCCAAACAAAUAAUAUAACCAACCUCAUUUACCAAACAACCACCCGACCAACCAUAUUAACAAAGUUUCAAAACUCCUUCACUGCCACCUCCACCACCACCGCCGCCGCCGCCGCCGCCGCCGAGUGUCUCAUAGUCUCGGAAGCUUCUAAAGUGUGUCACACAGAGAGAGAGGAUAAUCGUCGAACUCGGACGCGGACAAAACCCUAGAAACAAAUUAAUGAAAAUGAAAAAUCCCCAAAUCUGAAUGGAACUCCUUUUCCCUCCUUGCGGAUCAUUCCCUCACGCUUGUUUUCGGUUCCUCCGUUUCUCUCUUUUCUUCGCUGGCGGCUGAAUUGUACUCUUUAAGAGAAAUUGAAAUACAGAGCGUGCCUGCGGGCGCGCGUUCCCUGGUUAACCAUUAAACAGUGUGUGUGUGGGGCGAUGGGUAGUUCGGGAUCCGGUGCGGCUGAUUGUGGUAUAGGACCGAUCGUUUGGGUGAGGAGGAGGAACGGCUCAUGGUGGCCGGGGAAGAUACUGGGACCUGAAGAACUGGCGGAGUGUAAUCUCACUUCUCCCCGAACAGGGACUCCGGUCAAGCUCCUUGGAAGGGAAGACGCUAGUGUGGACUGGUACAAUUUAGAGAAAUCUAAGCGUGUGAAGGCAUUUCGAUGUGGUGAGUUUGAUGAUUGCAUUGAAAGGGCUGAAUCAGCUCAGGGCAUGCCAAUCAAAAAAAGAGAAAAAUAUGCACGUCGAGAAGAUGCAAUUCUUCAUGCACUUGAUCUUGAAAAACAACUGUUGAAAAAACAAGGAAAAUUAAGUGUAACUGCUGAUCAGCAAAGAAGUAAAUCACCUGGGCCUGCAAAGGAGCCUGGUAUUGCUUCAGAAGGUUUAACGAAUAAUAGUGGGAAACCUGGAAAUCCCAAAUUGAAUACAGUUAUCAAAGAUGAGAUUGUGAACAAUCCUGUGAAAACCAAGGAUGUAAAUCAGCCAAUCUCAGAAGAUGAUCAUUCUGAAGCAACACCGCGGAUGAGAGGAUUGCGGGAUUUUGGGCUUCGGACUGCUUUAAAGCGAAAGUUUCCGUCAUCUGGUGAUUCAGAUGGUUCUAUAAUACCUAUGGCAGAUAAUCACUUUCUAGGUCAUCCUGUUGGUUCCCCUAAUGCGGAAAGGACAAAUCUUGCAAAUGGAGUGGAUGAGAUGGGAUCUCUUUUCCAUGCCAAGAGGUGUAGACGUGUUUACUUUCCAACUGAGUCUAGUGAUUCUUUGGAUGAUAAAGAACUCCAUCCAAGUCAGAUUAAGAUGUUACAUUCCCAUUUUGAAGAUGAUGGUGGCCACCUUAAUGAUAGUUCCUUGAAUGAACCAAACUCUUCUUCGGGUUUUAUGGGAAAUGUUGAAUCUGACUCUUCGGAAACUGACUCUUUUGAGUCUGAGUCGGAUUCUUCUGAGACUGAACCAGAUGUGGCUGACAAAAUGAGUGUUUUUCCAGGUACAGCUAUGCCUACAGAAGCUGAACAGGAUGUUCUGAGACAACCUGACGUGCCAGGAGAACAUGGAAGUACAAGCAGUGAGGAUGCUGAUGAAUUAGCAUUUUCUGGUGAAAUGCCACAUCUUUAUCCUGAUGAUCCAUUUCUUGCUAAUGAGGCGGUGUCCAAAUGGCAAUUGAAAGGGAAAAGGAAUAUUCGGCACCUUACUAAAAAGUCGGUAGAUGGGGCUGAGAGAAAACUUUUGAAUGGUCCUCUUCAUGGAACCUACCAUGGGAUGAAGGGUAGCACUUCUGGUCAAAGGGCAUAUGGUUUUGAUGAUGGUGAUUUGGGCAGAAAAUACAUUAGGACCAUGGUUGAUGUGGAUAGUGGACACUAUUCGUACGCGUCCAGGUAUGCAUCCAAAGGUAGAAAUAAUACUGGUCAUAAUUUUAUUGAUUGGAGGGAAAUGGCUUGGGAGGAUCGUCCUGCUUUUAAAGGUCGUUUGGAGGAAAGGGCAGAACACUUCAAUCCAAUAAUUGGACGUCAUAUGUAUGGUGGAAGGGCAAGAUCCAUUUUGGUAGAUGUGGAUUUGAAGGUCCAAGUGAGCUAUCAAAAAGAACGUGUUCCCAUUGUUUCUCUUAUGAGCAAGUUAAAUGGGAAGGCAAUAAUAGGGCAUCCAAUCCAAAUUGAAGCCCUUGAAGAUGGUUGUUCAGAAACACUUAUUUCUGCAAGUGAUUAUCAUGCCAAUGAAGCAGUUGACCAUGAUGGAAAUACUUCACUUCCACCGGCUUGGAGGACUGCUCGAAGGACCAACUUUAGGGUCCCACGCCCUCAUUUAUCAUUAAUGUUGGGUGCGGAGGAUGCUGAGGAUCAUCCGUUCAUAGAUCAAGGAAGGUCACCAUUUAGGAAGUCAAGUAUAGGGAAUUUCAAUCACAAGGCAAGCCUGGUGCGGAAGAGCCUUCCCCACAUUCGACCUUCAAUUGAUAGGAAAUUCCCAAGAAAGCUGCAAAAGAAAGCAAGCUUAUCAUCUAACCAAAAAACAAGAACCUUGUCUUCAAUUUCUGUUCAACAGAAUUUCAGAACUAAGCCAUUACAUUAUUCCAGUAGCAGUCAAAUGGAUGGGCUUAUCAAACCUGAGACAUCUAGGCCAACCACAGUUGCUUGUAUACCUGUCAAAUUAGUCUUCAGUAGGUUACUUGAGAAGAUCAAUAGACCGCCAUCGAAAGCAGCAAGUAAAGUGGUCAUAUCAAAUAGGGAUGCAGAGAGACAACCAUCAUAGUUAGCGUGUACCAAAUCAUAUGGACUCAUUAAUACUGAAGAUGCAAUAAUUGCUGCUAAUUUCCUCCUGACAGAAGUAGUACUGCACCCAGACCUUUAUUAGCACCAAUACCAUUUUAAUGAACGUUAAAUGAAGCAACAACGGGUAAAAAUAUACAGGGAACAUGUUCGACAUAUGGUUGUUAUGAUGUUAGGAUUGCUAGAUAUUGGUGCAAGGUACUGAAGGAAAAGCUUUCAUUAGGCAGAAAAGAAGGUACUAGCUAUUACAAAUAGAAGCUGGUAGUUUGAUAUUCAGGUAUAUGUACAUUUUUUAUUCCAUCAUGUUUUCAGGUUUCUUUUUUUUUUUUUUUUUUUUCAAAAGAAGUAUAGAGAAAUGUGGUACAGUGGGAUUGAUGUAGACUUUUUUUGUAAUAGUUUCAUUUAAUCAAUGAUUAGAUAGAGUGAUGAGAGCUUAGGCAUUGUGCUGCUGUAGAAUAAGUACUCAGUGUAGGGAUAGGCAACUAUGCUAUGUGAUGCACAAAGUGCAAAACUCCCAAAAAAUGAUUACAUGUUACAAAUGAAGAAUUUAAAUUUGUUGGUUA